AUGGACGUAAUAGAUAUUUUGGAAAUGAUAGACAGUGAGGAAUUGGGCGAGGAGAAACAAGUGAUUUCGAGGUCAUAUUUGCGAGACGUACAAGAUCCAUUCCAAUUACUUAACGAGAAUGAGUUUACACGAAGAUACAGAUUUUCGAAAGACAGCGUGCUUAUUUUACUCGAUAUUAACUUUUCCCAAGUUAAACAAAAUUUUUUCGAUGUGGAUGGCUUUCCAUCUGUCAUUAGGGCUAUUGACUGCACGCAUGUGCCAAUUCAUUUCUUCAUGGGUGACGGUUUCAUCUGA